AUGAUUAUUAUGCCAUAUUAUAGUUCAGGUGAUUUGAUACAUUAUUUAAGUAAUAACUUUUAUAAAACUAAUUGGCGGAUAAAACUGUGUGAAUUAUUUUUUGUAAUAAAUGGACUUCAAGAAAUACACAAAGCAAAAAUUAUCCACAGGGAUUUACAUAGUGGAAAUAUCUUUUUUGGGGGAAAUUUUGCGUACAUGGGUGAUCUGGGAAUAAGCAGAUCUGCAACUGAAUCAAAUAAUGAUAAUGAGAAAUAUGGUAUUAUACCUUACAUGGCACCAGAGAUUUUUCAAGGACAAAAAUAUAGUGAAGCUUCAGAUAUAUAUAGUUUUGGAAUGAUUAUGUGGGAAUUUAUGACAGGUAGAAGACCUUUUUGGGAUGAAAUUCAUGAUAUAGAACUUAUAAUCAAAAUAUGUGAUGGUUUACGACCACCAAUUGUUACAAAUGCACCUGAAGGAUAUAUUGAAUUAAUGAAGGAAUGCUGGCAUUCUGAUCCAGCAAAAAGACCAACAACUAUAGAUGUGUAUUUGAAAAUUAAUAAAGUGUAUUAUAAUGAACGUGAUAUAAAUCAAACUAAAAUUAUUAAAUCAUCAGAUAUUGGACCUGUAACAAUAACUAGUCCAGGUGCCAUUUAUAAGAGUAGACCAUUAAGUCGCAUGAUUAAAUCUGCGAUGUCUUUAAGGAGUUCAAGGAGUCAAUCUAUCGAUCCAUUUUAUUAUUAUCAGAAAAAUACUGAUAAAAGAAAGUUUGAAGAUGAUUCGGUUGAAGACAAUAAUGACAAUGAACAAAGUAUUAAAAGAAGAAAAUUUCUUGAAUUUGAAAAUAGUGAUUACUUUACAAAAGAAAUUGAAUUAGAUAUUAAUAUGAGCUCUAAUCAAUCUCGUGAUAAAGGAUACGUCUCCAAAGAAAUUGAUCUUGAUAUCAAUGUUCUUUAAAUUAUAAUGUUUAAACCCAAUUUUUUUUACUUAUUAUGCAGUACUAUAAAUGGCUGGAUUAUGUAAUAUUACAAAUUUGUAGUUAGAGUAUAUUAAAUAAAUGAAUUAUAUAGUUUGGAAUUUCUGGAAUAUGAAACUGAAAAUUAUAUUUUGUAUCGUCUAACUAAAAAGC